UGUUAUUUGCUUCAUUGCUGGGAUUGUUGCUCUUCUGCUCCUCCCUGUUCUUGCCAAGAACACCUACAUUUCCGAGAAUGCCCUCAUGCCAGGUUCCGCAACCAACAUGCUAUCUACUCAUGAUGUCGCUGAGGCAAACAAGUUGGUCAAGGACUUAACUGAUUUGAAGCUUAGAUCCAAUGGAUCACCCAUUGAAAGCCGAAAACUUAUUGCACAAUAUAUGUUAGGCUUGGAUGCUGAAGUUACCUAUCACAAUUUCUAUCCUCAGUUGAAUCAGUUCCAUCCAUUACAUUUCUUUACCAGUCCUGAUUCCAGUAUAAUCUCAAAAAAUAUAAGCUGUGCAUCAAUUGGGAUAAACACUGUUGGAAUCAUUAGAGCACCACGCGGGGAUGGCAAGGAAGCUAUUGUCUUAGUUACGCCUUACAACCCAAAGAAAGUAGUUUUGGGGGAGGCUUUGUCCUUGGGUGUUGCAUACUCAGUGUUCUCAUUGCUGUCACGGGUCACUUGGCUGGCAAAGGAUAUCAUAUGGCUUGUAGCUGAUUCACAAUAUGGGGAAUAUUCUUCAGUUUCUGCGUGGCUGAGAGAAUAUCAGGCUCCACAAUUCCAUAGGGUUGUAGUUAAUAGUGAAACAUGUAAUGAGAGCAGCACUAUUGAGGGGAAGUUAUACAGUGGUUUUAGACGUGCUGGAACAAUAGCUGCUGCUCUUGUAGUUAAAGUUGCAGAGGACGGUAACCAUUUCGACGACAGUCUUAAUAUUUAUGCUGAGGCUUCCAAUGGGCAGAUGCCAAACCUUGACCUAAUCAAUAUCGUAAACUACCUAGCUGUACAUAAACAACAUUUGCGGAUAAAAGUGAGCAAGAUGUGGUCUCUACUUGGCUCUAAGUGGCUCAAUACUUUAGGUGUUUUUUUGGAAUGCAUAGGACAAUAUGCUAGACGCCUAAAUCCUCAGUGGAAAUUUGGUAUUCCUGCUAAUGAAUAUGUGGAGGGCACUGCUACACUAGCAAGCUCAAUGUAUUACCAGGGUUUGGGUGUUCCCACUGGUCCACAUGGUGCCUUCCGUGAUUAUCAAGUUGAUGCAAUUACCGUGGAAAUUUCACCAAAAGUUUCUCCUACUAAAAUGAACAGGCAUAUUGACUUUAUUUUCCGUGGUGGAAGGUUGAUCGAAGGAGUUGUACGUUCCAUAAACAACCUUCUGGAGAAGUUUCAUCAGUCAUUCUUUCUGUACCUCUUGACAUCUCCUAGUAAGUUCGUGUCAGUUGGAGUUUACAUGAUUCCAUUUGCAUUACUUGGUGCACCCCUUCCAAUAGUUGCAGCUUCGCUAUAUAUUUUUUCCAGUAAAACCACUCCCCAAGCCCCAGUUGCCUCCGAAGUAGAUUUCAGCCUCGAAUCCUGGAAAUGGAUAAACUCUGCCAAGAAGGUUUUUGUCAUUCAUCUAUGGGGUGUUGCCGUUUCGUUACUUCCAUAUUUCCUGUGUCGAAUUCCCGGUCUCACCCCAACAAAUAACUUAACAGUAUGGGGUUCGUUUGCAGUUCUUAGCCUUGUAAUUUUGUUCUCAAUGUUGGGUUAUCCAACUUCUGUAGCUGUUCCUUCAGAAGCGGAGAAAAGAGAAUGGGCUAACUUAAAGUCAGUAACUUUAUCGGCUACUUUCGUCGGUUUGUCUCUCAUGUCGGUCAUUAACUUUGCCACGGCAGAAAUAGGGGCUUUACUUAUCGUCCCGUUUUGUUUGAUGGCUCGACCAUUGAUGCUGGAUAUUCAAGCUAGGAGCAUGAGAACUUUGUUAUUGGCCACAUGCAAUCUCGCUUUAGGGUUCAUUGCAUUUCCUCCUUCUGCAUUUUUGUUACUGAAAAGUGCAUUUGACUCUUCUGGUGGUUAUAAUAUUAGUGACUAUUGGAACUGGAUGGAAUCACUUUGGGCAUGGAAUAGUGCUACUUACCUUUACAUUGGUAUUGUUCACCUCCCAUGUUGGGCACUCUGCAUUCACAUUUUAUUUCAUCCUUCUUGACAUGUAUUAUAGGUUACUUGAACAAGUAAUUAGUGCAAGAAAUUUUUGUCUUAAUGUUUCUUCUCCAAUUAAUUUAGCAACAUCUCAUGUUACUCUGUGGUUUA